AUGUUCAAAACGGUCGCGCUGGCCAUGCUGGCCAUUGCUGGGCCGCAGGGUGGCUCUAUUUCCGGCUUCUGGUACUCCAUGAUGGAUCACGUCGGAGCACCGCGAGGCUAUGCCCCGAAUAUCGAGGAUGCCGGCAAGUACAAUGUCUACGUCGCUGUCAAGCCUGGUGACGGCGCCGGUAUCCAGGACGCCAUUACCUCUGCGCCCGGCGGUCAGCGCAACAAGCAAUGGCUGGCCUCUCAACCUCGGGUUGUAUACAUUCCUCCUGGAACCUACGAGAUUAGCAAGACUCUUUUCAUGGAAACCGACACUGUUCUCAUGGGAGACGCGAUAGCCCCUCCAAUUAUCAAGGCUGCAAAAGGAUUCAGCGACGGAGUUUUGGUCAAUGCACAGGACCCUUCCACCAAAGAAAAAGGCGAAAAUUCCUUCGCCAUCAGCUUGAAGAACCUCAUCUUGGAUACCACAGCUGUCGAUGGAGGUCAAAACUUUACAGCUCUGUACUGGGGAGUGGCGCAAGUCUCUCAGCUUCAAAACGUCAAGAUCCAGAUGCCCAGUCCAAACAAUGGCCAGGGUCACAGCGGUAUCAGGCUCGGCCGAGGCUCUACCCUGGCACUUGCCGAUAAUGGCAUCUGGCACGAUAGCCAUCAGCAGGCGCUGUACAAGAAUAUUCACUUCUACCAAAAUGAGGUCGGCAUGCUUAUCUCCGGCGGCAACACCAUCAGCCUAUUGGCGCCAAUCUUCGACAAUGUCAAGACUGGUAUUGAAAAUACCGGCGGAAGCCCAUUCGUCGGCAUCAUCGACGGCAAAUCGAUCAACUCCGGCGUGACAUUUUCCUCGACCGUCCACCCGUCCAUCCUCAUACAAAACCUCGAGACCGACAACAAGGCCGAUAUCGUGAAGCUUCCUGAGGGCACUGAGCUCACGGCUGCCAGCCACAUCGAUAACUUUUCCUACGGAAACACGGUCGACCGCGAUCCCAUCUACGGUGCGACGGCUGGCGCCAACAAGCUUUCCAGUGUCGCAGCUCCUGGCGGUCGUAUCCCCUCUAUCACAGUGCCCAAUUUCGCCAACAAUACGGUCUCAGACUUUAUCAAUGUCAAGGACCCCAAGCAGAAUGGAGGUUACACUGUCAAGGGUGACGGGACGCUCGACGAGGCUGAUACUCUCAACAAAGUCCUCGCAUACGCAGCCUCCAAGAAGAAGAUUGCCUACUUUCCGUAUGGCGACUACCGUGUAGAGUCUACUCUCGUUAUUCCUGUUGGCUCACAGAUCGUCGGCGAGGCAUGGUCUACCAUCUCUGGUGGUGGAAAGUUUUUCAAGGAUGCUUCCAACCCAAAGCCCAUUGUCCAGGUGGGCAAAGAGGGUGACGUUGGCGUUGCGCAAAUCCAAGAUAUGCGCUUCACCGUCUCAGAGGUGCUCCCUGGUGCCAUCAUUGUCCAGUUCCAGGCUGCCGGAUCCGCCCCGGGCGAUGUCGCGCUCUUCAACUCUCUCAUUACCGUCGGCGGCACCAGAGGCGCUCCCGGACUUACCGACUCUUGCAAAGAUCCCAGCAACCCCUGCCAAGGCGCAUACCUAGGCUUGCAUUUCACGAAAUCUUCGUCGGCCUAUGUCGAGAAUGUUUGGAACUGGGUGGCUGACCACAUCACGGAGGACUUUGACGGAGGCUCCAGCAUCUCGGGCAAGGGUGGCGCGCUCGUUGAAUCGACCAAGGGCACGUGGCUCCACGCACUCGGAAGCGAGCACUGGUGGCUCUACCAGCUUAACCUGCGAUCCGCCGAGAACGUUGUCGUGACGCUCCUGCAAAGCGAGACCAACUACGAACAGGGAGACAAUGCGAAGAAGCUCGUGCCGGCCCCGUGGAAGCCCGACGUGGACGGCUGGGGAGAUCCCGACUUUUCAUGGUGCAAGCAUGACGAUGCGCGGUGCCGCAUGGGCUUUGCAAACUUCAUCCACGGUGGCUCUGAUAUCUCAUACUACGGCUCCGCGUCGUGGGCGUUCUUCAGCGGCCCGGGAUACCAGGACUGCGCCGGCCGCUUUCAGUGCCAAAAAGUGCAGCACUGGAUCGAAAAGACGCCAAAGAACCUGCAGCUGUAUGGCCUGUGCUCCAAGGAUACCACGACGGCGUUGCGCCUCGGCGAUGGCACCAAGAUUGGCGCCGAGGGCAAGUUUGAGGGGGGCUGGAAUCCCGGGGCAAACAUCGGUCGUUAUACGGGCUGA